GAAUUAGUAGUAGUCCGUCGAAGUACUUUCUUAGUUAAUGGUCACUAGCGAUGAGUCGCAGAAUAUUGAGAAUCCGUCAGUCAGACGUGCACAGAAUUUGCAGCGGGCAAGUCAUAGUCACGCUUGCCUCAGUUGUUAAGGAACUUCUCGAGAACUCUCUCGAUGCAGGCGCCCAGAACAUUGAAAUAAUACUUAAAAAUAAAGGCCUUGACUUAAUCGAAGUUAGAGAUGACGGUUACGGUGUGCGCGAAUGCGACUAUAGUGGGCUUACUGCCAAGCACGCCACUUCGAAGAUUACCGACUUUUCGGAUCUUAACCGCGUAGAAACUUUUGGAUUUAGAGGAGAGGCACUGAACUCCCUGUGUUCUUUAAGCCAGUCUCUUAAGUUUACGGUUAUCACCAAAACGGCCGACCAAGUUUUCGGAAAUAAGAUUGAGUAUGAUCACGAGGGCCACAUUGCAAGUAUUACCCCGACGCCUAGAGAAAGGGGCACUACAGUUAUCGUGGUCAAUCUCUUUACAUCUUAUCCUGUGCGAUUAAAGAAUCUUCAAAAUAACAUUAAAAAGGAGUUUGCCCAUCUGCUUACUGUCCUGCAGUCUUAUUGUUUAAUCCCUUUAAAAGCCAGAAUUUCCUGCAAAAGUUUUUCGAGUAAAGGCUUGCCUAGUGUUGUGGUUUCUAAGUUGGCCACAGGGAGCUUAAAGGAGAAUAUUAUAAACAUUUUUGGUGCCAAGUUUGCCCAGCUUAUCGAGCCUUUUAACUUUGUCUCAGAAAAACUGCAAUUUGUGCUCGACGGCUAUGUUUCGAAAGUAUUUCCCGACAACAGUGGUCGGGCCAGCCCAGAUAGACAAUUUCUUUUUAUUAACAACCGCCCCUGCGAAUUGCCAAAGGUCAGUAAAGCGAUCAAUGAAGUGUUCCGCCAAUUCUCGGGGUCUGCUUAUCCCGUCUUUGUUCUUCACAUUAAUCUCAGAAGAGAUUUAUGUGACGUCAACGUUACUCCUGACAAACGUGUUAUUUUACUCCACUCAGAAACCGCUUUGAUAGACUCCGUUAAAAACGCACUUUACGACCUAUACCAGUCCAGUCAUGGAAAGUUUCAGGUUUCUUCUGGAGGCCCCCCACUUUCAGAGUUUGUAGGAAAACCGAUUUCGUGCAGAACGAUUGAUGACCUCGAGGAUCCCCCUACUCUUGCUGGCGACUGCGAAAGGAAGAAAUCUUUAAUAAUCAGCAGUCAGAAGAGCAGCCGCUGCAGAGGCAGAAGACUUUUUCGUGGCGCAAGAGCCGUCUCCCGAGAAAAGCGAGUGGUUUCCUCUUUUCUAAGUAAAACCCUUCCCAAUGAAAACCACGUUACCCCGUUCGAGGAGGGAAGUGACAGCACUGAUCUCGGGGCUCUUUCUCUUCAAACGGCCGCCAGUCCAUGUCUUGUGGGGAUCGAGCGCACCGUUAAGGUGGAUAUCGCGGCGAUGCGCCGGUCUGUGCAGGGCGUGGCGGAACAUGGAAUCCAAAAGACGAACCAAAAGUUCUCGGCAAGCAUCCGCGUUGAACACAAUGAACUUGCAGAGAGUGAGCUCAGCCGGACUCUCACUAAAGACUGCUUUAAGAAAAUGCGCGUCCUUGGGCAAUUCAAUCUUGGUUUCAUUAUUGCCAUACUUGAUUCGGAUCUGUUCGUGAUCGACCAGCAUGCGAGCGAUGAAAAGUACAACUUUGAGACUCUACAGAAAACUAUAAUACUUCAGAGCCAGCGCUUACUGCGCCCCAAACAGCUUGAACUUUCUGCUGCCCAGGAAGGCAUUCUCUUGGCUAACUUACCUGUCUUUCGCAAGAAUGGAUUCGAUUUUGUUAUUGAUAGAAGUCAACCUCCAGGGAGAAGCAUUUCUCUCUCGAGUGUUCCCUACAGCAAGUCUACUCGGUUUGAUAGCGACGACGUCGAAGAGCUCAUCUUCCUGUUAUCCGAAGCCCACGGCUCAUUUUGCCGGCCGUCCAAAGUCCGGAAGAUGCUGGCCUCCAGGGCUUGUCGCCAGAGCGUCAUGAUUGGCACGGCUCUCACCACGAAGGAAAUGGAAACUAUAGUCGGGCACAUGGCCUCAAUAGAGCAGCCCUGGAAUUGCCCGCACGUAAGGCCGGCCCACCAUGCGCCACCUUUUGGACCUCACGCCUCUUUUGCACGAGGAAGACAAUUCUGAUUUUUAACAGCACAAGCAGCUCUCGGCCGCUUGUUGUCCUACAAAAGAGGACUGCGCUACUCAGUUCAUUAGUUUAGUAUUUCAAAACUUUAGUAAGUGGAGUUCUUGUAGACUUUAGACGACUUG